UUUGGCGAUGAAGCGCGCGGUCGGCGCCACGACAGCGCGUGCACGCGGCUGGCUCUUCGCGCUGGAAACACGGACUCAUUUCAGUGCGACACACCGUGUGCUUUAUUGUGGCGCAAAUAGGUAGACGUAGGGACGUUCAUUUAAAAUAAUAAUAAAAAAAUACAGGAAAGUCACAAAGAAAACACAACCUGUAAAACAUGAAGCAGGCACUGGUGGAUGAUACAGAAGAUGUGUCCCUGGAUUUCGGUGCUGAGGAGGACCGCGCGCUGAGGACCAUUAAAAUACGGCACCCGCUGGCCACGUUUUUCCACCUCUUUUUUCGAAUAAGUGCCAUAAUAGCGUACCUGCUGUGUGAGUGGUUCAGUAAAAGCUUCGCGUCGUGUUUCCUCCUCAUCAUCGCGCUGCUCUCCUUCGACUUCUGGUCAGUGAAGAACGUGAGCGGGCGGCUCCUGGUGGGACUGCGCUGGUGGAACCAGAUCGACGAGGACGGCAGGAGCCACUGGGUGUUUGAGGCAAAGAAGAUUUCUCCACAGAGCAAGAGCACAGCGACAGAAGCAGAAGCCAGGAUUUUCUGGCUGGGCCUCAUCAUCUGUCCACUCAUUUGGACCGGAUUCUUCUUCAGCACGCUCUUCUCCUUGAAGCUGAAGUGGCUGGCCCUAGUAAUUGCUGGCAUCUCCCUACAGACAGCCAAUAUGUAUGGUUAUAUCCGCUGUAAGGUUGGGGGAGAGUUGGGUAUACCUCGCUCAGCCUCUUCUUUCCUUGGACAGCAGUUUCUCCAAAGGCCGGAUAUCAUAUUUGGUGCUCUGUGAAGAAAGUGCAGUGUUUGAACAGCAAACGGCAGCGUUUCCCAGGGAAAACCGGUGAUGGACACACUGGGUCACCCGCUCCAUUACCGCGUGAAUUUGGCAAUGUGACGUCAACAGCUGCCGCACGUCCUGGCAACAGUAAGGUGCAAGGAUGUUGAGGAUAAGCGCACGUGUCACAAGUUGAGUUAAACAUUUGAGAAGAACUUCUAAUGUGUUUCAACCAGCCAGUGACUUAUCAUUAGCCAUUCAUGUUGCUUUCAUAGACUAUUGAACUCCCAUAGUGAAGAUAUUUGAUCCAAACAAAUAGUUGAAAGCCUGGUGCAGGUUUCCACUGAUACUCUCUCUGACUGGCCCUUUUUGACCAUUGCAACAUAAAUAUUUGGUCAAUACAACGAAUAACUGUCAACACUUACCAGAUUGUAUGGGUUAAUUCACACACAUUGGCUGAAACGGCUUGUCCCAAGCAGGGGUCGCGGUGAA